AUGUCUUUCGGUGAUAUUGAUAGAUUAGCAGUCUCUACUAUUAGACUAUUAGCCGUCGAUCAAGUUAGCAAAGCUAACUCUGGUCAUCCAGGUGCUCCUUUAGGUCUAGCACCUGCUGCUCAUGUUUUAUUCUCUCAAAUGAGAAUGAACCCAAAGAAUCCAGAUUGGAUCAACAGAGAUAGAUUUGUUCUUUCAAAUGGUCAUUCUGUUGCUUUACUUUACUCAAUGCUACAUUUAACUGGUUACGAUUUCUCUAUCGAUGAUUUAAAGAGUUUCAGACAAUUAGGUUCUAAAUGUCCAGGUCAUCCUGAAUUCGAACUUCCAGGUGUCGAAGUCACUACCGGUCCAUUAGGUCAAGGUAUCACUAACGCUGUUGGUUUAGCCAUUGCUCAAGCUAACUUAGCUUCUACUUACAACAAGCCAGGUUUCACUUUAUCUGAUAAUUACACUUACGUCUUCCUAGGUGACGGUUGUUUAGAAGAAGGUAUCUCUUCUGAAGCUUCUUCUCUAGCUGGUCAUUUACAAUUAGGUAACUUGAUCUGUAUCUACGAUGAUAACUCUAUCACUAUUGAUGGUCACACCGAAGUCUCCUUCGAUGAAGAUGUCGCUAAGAGAUACGAAGCUUAUGGUUGGGAAGUUUUAUACGUUGAAGACGGUAACACCGAUUUAGAUGCCAUUGCCAACGCCAUUGCACAAGGUAAGAAGUCUCACAACAAGCCAACUUUAAUCAAGAUGAAGACUACCAUUGGUUUCGGUUCUCUAAAUGCUGGUGAUCACUCUGUUCACGGUUCUCCAUUGAAGGCCGAUGAUGUUAAACAAUUGAAGACUAAGUUUGGUUUCAACCCAGAUAAAUCUUUCGUUGUUCCACAAGAAGUUUACGAUUUCUAUCAAGCCAAGAUCCUAAACCCAGGUGUUGAAGCUGAAAAGAAAUGGAAUCAAUUGUUUGAACAAUACCAACAAAAAUUCCCUGAAGAAGGUGCUGAAUUGAAGAGAAGACUAGAAGGUAAAUUGCCAGCUGGUUGGGAAAAAUCUUUACCAACUUACACUCCAGCUGAUUCUGCCGUCGCCACUAGAAAAUUAUCUGAAAUGGUUCUAGAUAAACUUUGUGCUGAAUUACCAGAAUUGAUGGGUGGUUCUGCCGAUUUAACUCCAUCUAACUUAACUAGAGCUAAGAAUGCUGAAGAUUUCCAACCACCUUCUACAAAAUUAGGUUCUUACGCUGGUAGAUACAUUAGAUACGGUAUUAGAGAACAUGCUAUGGGUGCUAUCAUGAACGGUAUCUCCGCUUAUGGUGCUCACUACAAGGUUUACUCCGGUACUUUCUUAAACUUCGUUUCUUACGCUGCUGGUGCCGUUAGAUUAUCUGCUUUAUCUGGCCACCCAGUCAUUUGGGUUGCUACUCACGAUUCUAUUGGUGUCGGUGAAGAUGGUCCAACUCACGAACCUAUCGAAACUCUAGCUCACUUCAGAGCUCUACCAAACAUGCAUGUUUGGAGACCAGCUGAUGGUAAUGAAACCUCUGCUGCUUACAAGGCUGCCAUCGAAUCUACUUCAACUCCAAGUAUCAUCGCUUUAACCAGACAAAACCUACCUCAAUUGGAAGGUUCUUCUAUUGAAAAGGCCUCCAAGGGUGGUUACGUUCUAAAGGAUGUUGCUAACCCAGACAUUGUCAUCGUUGCUACUGGUUCUGAAGUCUCUAUUUCUGUCGAAGCUUCUAAUAUAUUGGCUGACAAGGGUAUUAAGGCUAGAGUUGUCUCUCUACCAGAUGAAUUCACUUUCGAUCAUCAAUCAGAAGAAUACAAGCUAUCCGUUCUACCAGAUGGUGUUCCAAUCAUGUCCGUUGAAGUUCUAACUUCUUUCGGUUGGAAGAAAUAUGCUCACCAAACCUUCGGUCUAAACAGAUUCGGUGCUUCCGGUAAGGCCCCAGAAGUUUUUAAGUACUUCGACUUCGUUCCAGAAGGUGUUGUCUCUAGAGCUGAAAAGACCAUUACUUUCUACAAGGGUAAGGAUCUAAUUUCUCCAAUUAGAACAGCUUUCUAG